AUGACUGUUACAAGCAAGACUCUGCAUGACGGCUGGACCUUUACCCAAGUUGGAGGAGGGGAGGUUGUCAAGGACGGCGAGUGGCUGUCGGUGCAUCAGUUCCCGACGACCGUUCAUGUCGAACUAUUGAAGCACAAGAAAAUCCCUGACCCAUUCAUUGGGCUGCAAGAAUGGGACGUGCAGUGGAUCGGCGAGGUACCGUGGGCAUUCAAGACUCAGUUCAACGUCAGCGAAGUAGAAGUGUCUGCCCCGAACGUAGACCUUGUGUUUGAUGGUCUGGAUACAUUUGCUACCGUGAUACUCAACGGGCAUCAGUUACUAGAGACGGAUAAUCAGUUCAUCUCUCAUAGGGUCCCAGUCAAGCAGUAUGUGAAGGUCGGAGAUAACGAACUCCUUAUCAAAUUUGCGAGUGCAUUCCGAAAAGGCAGAGAAAUCGAGAAGGCCCACACAAAGUACAAUCUGUGGAACGGCGACUCUAGCCGUCUCCAUAUUCGAAAGGCGCAAUACAAUUAUGGUUGGGACUGGGGCCCGGUCCUCAUGACAGUGGGUCCGUGGAAGCCCAUCGUGCUGGAAGCAUAUCAAGCCCGCAUCACCGAUAUCGAUAUUCGCGCAAAUGUGUCCGAGGACCUGUCGGCCAACCUGGACGUUAACUUCGUGCUGUCGCGUGACAACCAUAGCAUUGCCUCCGUCAAUCUCAAAGGGCCCGACGGCGCUCUUGUCACGGGCCAGAACAGCAUCAAGAUUUCUGAUUCGGAAGCGAAGGCACGAUUCAAGCUCUCCGCUGGGACGUACGAGCUAUGGUAUCCGGUCGGAUACGGUAAACAGCCUCAAUACACCGUGGAGAUCGAGGUCGCCGACGAGCAUGGUGCCAUCAUCGAUCACAAGACACAGAAGAUUGCAUUCCGUCGUGCUCAAAUCAUCCAGGAACCGCUAGUCGAUCAGGAGGGCCGCACAUUCCUGUUCGAAAUCAACAAUAUCAGGAUUUUUUGCGGUGGCUCCAACUGGAUUCCGGCCGACUCUUUUCUGACUACGAUGACUCGCGACCGAUAUCGCGCAUGGCUCCAGCUUCUAGUCGAUGGUAAUCAGAACAUGGUCCGUGUUUGGGGAGGUGGAAUCUACGAAGCCGAUGACUUCUACGACCUAUGUGAUGAGCUUGGCAUCUUGGUAUGGCAGGAUUUCAUGUUCGGAUGCGGACAGUAUCCGGCCUACGAUUCGUUCGUCAAGUCCGUGGAGGUAGAAGCAGAGCAAAAUGUGAAGAGGCUCAGACAUCACCCUUCCGUGGUGAUCUUCGCUGGGAACAACGAGGAUUAUCAACUCGCCGAGUCCUGCAAACUGGAUCUGGACUAUUCUGACGAGACGUCGGACUUCCGCACGUCUACCUUCCCGGCGCGCUACAUCUACGAACGCCUGCUACCCACCGUCGUCGAGAAGCUGAGCGAUAUUCACUACCACCGCAGUUCUCCGUACAGCGGGUUCGGCAAACCGACGACUGACCAGAAGCAUGGCGACCUGCACCAGUGGAACGUGUGGCACGGCUCGCAGGAGCCGUGGCACAACUGGGACAUCCUGGCUGGCCGAUUCGUGUCAGAAUUCGGAAUGGAAGCGUACCCGGACAUCCGUACGGUCGACUACUGGCUCGGCGGAGAUAAGUCUGAGCGGUUUCCCCAGUCGAGAACCAUGAACAACCACAACAAAGCUGACGGCUUCGAACGACGGUUAGAGAUCAUGCAAGCCGAGACGUUGGCGUCGGCAUACCGCCUCUGGCGGCGGAACUGGCGCGGGAAAGGCAGAGAAUACACGGCUGGCGCCCUCGUGUGGCAGAUCAACGACUGCUGGCCGGUGACCUCGUGGGCGAUCGUGGACUACUUCCUGCGCCCGAAGCCGGCGUACUUCAGCAUCAAGCGCGAGCUCCGCCCGUACACGGUCGGCAUGACGCGCAAGGAGCACAAGACGUUCGCGGACGAGCUCUCCGCCGCGUUCUUCGUGAUCGAGACGGUGCUCGAGAUCUGGGGCACGAACAGCACGCUCGCGGCGAAGAAGGCGUCGCUCGAGGUCGCCGCGUUCGACCUGCACUCGGAUUGGCGCGAGACGUUUGCGCGCGACGUCGUGCUCGCGCCGAACGCGAGCACGGAGCUGUUCGCGGGCCCGCUGCCCGGGCAGCCGCGGCGCACGCGCGUCAGCGACGUGCCCCAGACGAUCGUCGUCUCCGCGCGGCUGCUCGACGCGGGCGGGGCGGUGCUGGGGCGCUACUCGAACUGGCCCGAGCCGUUCAAGUACAUCACUUUCCCCGACAUUAAAGAACUCGGGCUCCGCAUUACUGUUGGCGCGGACGGCGAGACGGUGGAGCUGGCGACGCAGAAGCCGAUCAAGGGCAUCGUUCUCGACGUCGAGGGAGCAGCCGCGCAGUGGAGCGACCAGGCCAUCGACCUCGUGCCGGGGGACCCGCAGGUGAUCAAGGUGGUGGGACUGCAGGGGAGGGAAAUCAAGGCCAGAUUCCUCGGGGAUGGGACUGCGUGA